AUGCGGUGGCCAUCGACCUUCUCCUUCUUCCUGCUCUCGCUCCUGGUUCUUGCGAUCGUGGUCUCCGGAGCAGACCUGGACAGGCGACAACUUGAAAUCGAACCUCAGCCAUCUCCACAGACUCCCGCCAACAGACAAACUGGCGAGGAGACCUCCACGACGCCGGAAUCAACCUCGUCAACCACUUCUGAAAGGACAGAGCCCUCGUCCACCCCGCCAACCACUUCAGAGCGCCCAACCCCGACCACUCCCACAGCGCAACCAACCCCAACCGCGCCGUCUUCCACCCCAGAACCACCCACUCCCACAAACGAUCCCCGACCAACACCCCCAAAGCCAACUCCCACCAGAGAUCCACAGCCACCUCCACCGCCAGGUUCAUCCGUAGUCAUCGUUACUCGAACAAUCACCAGUGACGACCAAACCAUCAUUCAGACAACUCCUUCGUCAGUGCCGGACGCCACCAACGCUCCUGGCCUGGGCAAAGAAAAGGGUCAAACCGGCAGCUCUGGACUGAGCGAGUCCAACAGGAACAUCAUCAUCGGCGUGGUGGUGGGUGUUGGGGGUGCCAUCAUUCUCGGAGGACUUGCCGUUGUGAUCUAUAGACUGCGCCGCAAGCGAAACGCUCGAACUGAACCCGACGAAGAUGACCUCACCGGCACGGCGCUUGGCUCGCAUAGCCAUGAGGCUUCAAUGACGAACAGCCCGUUCAAGACAACUCUCGAUCAAUAUCAUAACCCGGGACCAGUCAAUCCAGCCUCGAACUUUUAA